UCCGCCCCAGUCACAGUUGGCUACAGCUCGGAGCCCGGAUGCGCCGCCAUGCCGACUCUUUCUGCGAAUGGAAUCAUUUAUUCACCAACCUGCCUGUUACUGACCGACUAGAGUUAACUGAGAAGCUCCACAAGACCGUCUGAAGAGGCGGUGGAGCCAGUGUUGUGUUCAGACCAGCGCCGUGCGUGUCCGUGUAGCUUCCCACUCUAGUGUUGAUACUGAGACAGUUGUGUGGUUAGCUAUGCUAACGUUAGCCUGAGCGGAGGGAGUGCGGCGGCGGCGGCGGCGGCGGCGGGGUAGUGACAGUCCGGCCGGAGGCGGGGAGAGCUCAACUGCGAGGUGAGACUGUUAUUCUGAUGGGGACUACACGCGCGGUAAAACAUCAGUGUCUUUCUAGCUGGGAAAACUAAAAGAAAAUGUCUAUUGAAGAGCAAAGUGCAAAAGCUGGGAGUCCAAAGGCCAGCUCGGCAUCUCCUCUUCAGCUUUCAGACUGUACUGGAGGCUACAGCAGUGUUUCCGUGAUGAUGGAGGAAGCUGCGGCCACGCCUGACUUUGCAGCCGCUUGUCCCGUCCCUGACACCGCAGCCUCACCAAAACACACGAGCACGGACAGCGCGGGACAGAGAGCGAAAGGAAGCGAGAACAGCAUCAACCGCAGGAACAGCUUCCAUCACUCUAAACAGCAGCCACAGACGCAGUCGAGGCUAACGAAGCGGCGCUACACAGCGAGUUCGAGCUUCAAAUAUCCCACGUCAGGGAAGAGGAGACGAAGGGCCAACUCUGAGAGCGACUCCGUCCUGCCAACCAACUUCCUCCUGGGAGGUAACAUUUUUGAUCCGCUGAACCUCAACAGUCUGCUGGAUGAAGAAGUCAACAGGGCACUCAACGCGGAGACGCCAAAAUCCUCCCCGCUGCCAUCGAAGAGCCGAGACCCAGUCGAGAUCCUCAUCCCCAGAGACAUCACAGAUCCGCUCAACUUGAAUAGCGGGAUAACAGACAGCAGCUUUUUGGCAUCUCCCUAUAAAAGCGGUGGACGGAAAAGACACCGCAACCGACACCACGGAGGAGGAACCGGAGGGGCGAGCGGGAUCUCAACUACGCAGAUAAAUCCAUUGGAAACGGAAAAAAGUGACGUGAAAGCCAACACUUCCACAGAGGCUGCAGGCAUGCCAGGUUCGUCCUUUGCACAAGAUACCUCCAAAGAGUUGAACAGUUUGUCGAGCGUUGCAGGGGAUUCCAACAAUCACAGCACUAAUAGCUCAUCCAGCUGCAAGGAUGACGUGACAUCUGCACCUGCGGAGGAGGCAACACCCAUCUCGUCUGCAGGAACAAAUCACCAAGCGAGCAGACGCAAGCGAAGGCGCAACUCUGGCAAAAUGGAGCCCCCCGUCACCCACUCGACCCCUGUUUGCAAGGCAACAUCUGGAGAUAGAAGUUGCGGCACAACAGGGCAAAGAAAUUCCUUCCACACGCCCAGGGGGGAUGGCCCAGGACUUCGUCAGCACCAGCAGCUCCACAAUCAGGUAAAGGAACAUCAGAAGAAGUUCCAGUACGGGAACUACAACAAAUAUUACGGAUAUCGCAACCCGAACUGUAGUGAAGACCCUCGCAUACAUGUGCUCCGUCAAGAGUGGUUCAGAGGUAAAGAUGUGCUGGACUUGGGGUGCAACUCCGGCCACCUGACCCUCUACAUUGCCAAAAUGUUCAGACCAGCGCGCAUACUGGGUCUCGACAUCGACAGCGGUCUCAUACAUGCAGCUCGUAAGAAUAUUAGACAUUAUCUGUCUGAGCUUCAGACCCAAGAAGCCAGGCGUGAGGUGCAGGAGAAGAAGCCUGCCAAACAGGAAGACUGUGAGGUAGGGACGGGGAAGAAGCACGAUGAAUCUGAGAGCAGGGGUCAAAACGGGGAAGAAGACAAAGGACAGAGCGGGCCUGCGAGCGCUGGAGCUGACAAAGACUCCUGUCACACAGAUGAGGCCGUAACCCAGAGGCAGGACGGUAAAACGGAGGAAAUGGAGCAAAAACAUUGCGAUGCGCCCUCUGCUGACUGCUCUGCGAGUUGCUCUUUCCCGGUGUCUCUGCGGAUCUCCAGGGGACCCAUCGCUGCGCCGCCAAUAACAGAAACAUGUACCUCUCAGCCCGGACAGUUCCCUGCUAAUGUGUCCUUCAUCAAGGCUAACUAUGUUCUGGAGAACGAUAAUCUCCUCAUGACUCAGAGGGCAGAGUAUGACGUGAUCUUGUGCCUCAGUGUUACAAAAUGGGUUCACCUAAACUGGGGCGACAGCGGUCUGAAGCGGCUCUUCAAGAGAGCCUACAGACACCUCCGCCCUGGAGGCUUGUUCAUCCUGGAGCCGCAGCCCUGGGAGUCCUACGUCAGGAGGAAGAAGCUGACAGAAAACAUUAACAGGAAUUAUCGCAGCAUCAGACUCAAACCUGAUCAGUUUUCAUCUUACCUCACAAAUGAAGUGGGCUUCACAAGUUUUGAGCACCUGGGAUCUCCUAAGUGUUCAGUAAGAGGUUUUCAGAGACCAGUCUUUGUUUUUCACAAAUGACCACCUCUGCCUUGAACAACAGCGAAUGUGAGUAGCCGAAAGCCACCGCCUUUCAUUCAGGCCAGCCAGCUUCACUGGACUGUGAUGCAUCAUCCUUAGCAGAUCGGGUUUGCGCUUGGUGCUGAAGAUCAAAGUCUAAAGCAAACGUGCCACAGGGACCAAAAAGUGGAAUUCAUUGCUCUGUCAACAGGACGCCUCUUAUCAAAAAGACGAGUAGCUGUCAGUUUGGAGACCGCAAAAGAAAUGCUGAACCGAUCACUCCCUUUGAACUGUCCGAGCGGUAAUGAUCCCCCAGACUGAUGCGUGGCCAUAAACUGUGUUUGCUCAGAUGUCAUCACGUUCAUAAUGUUCUCUCUUGCCACAUCAACUAGACUUAAAUCGACGGAGGGUUUCUCAACUAGUUAUUAUCACUGUUUUAACAAGCUUUAGAUGUUUUAGUCUUCAGAUGUGGGUUGUGUCUACAGAACUGAGGUGUACCACGAAAACAUGGUGGAUACUGAACUGACUUCAUGCUCAGAUGAAGCCUGUUGAAAUGCAGGGACUUUUCUUGUUAGUUUUGAAAGAGAUGGCGUUGAAACAACAACCUCUCGGCCACGUUUUUACCCCCAAAAAACAAAUAUACGCACACGUGUUGCUGUUUUCAAACACUUAAAGCUCAUCUAUUUUCCCUAUUGCCACACACUAAUGUCUAAGUUGUCUUUGAUCUUUUGGAGAAUGUGGCAAACUUAAAAGUCCUGUAUAGAUCAAAUAUGACAAUCGAGAAAGUAAAUUUGUUUUCUUUAAUUUCUAAAUUUCUGCUCCAAUAGAGGCUAAUUCAGGAAGAGUAGCGAUGCACAUCCUUAACAGACUCUCUGUUGAUUUUACCACCUUUCAUUAUCCCUACAUAGGUGAAUAGGACUCAUAAAUAGAGAUGCACCGAUCAGAAUUUUGUGGCCAGUUUCCAAUUUUCAACUUUUAUACGGGUUUAAUCUGCGCAAUUUCUCUUGAGAACCCAGUAGAUAUAAGAACAGCUUUGAAAAUCGUUCUACUGUUAGCAGUCGUUUGACAAAAUGAUCAGAGUUCACAUCUUUAACCCUUCACCAUCUUUUAUCAGCGAUUAGCACAGAUAGCUUUACUUACCCAGCAGUUUCCAUAUGUAUAAUCUGAAGAACGUACAUCCUUAUCUCAAAUUUAAGUUUAUGAAAAGAGGCCAACACUUCCAAGGAAUUGUCGCAAGCUCAAAAGGAUGAAAUGGCAACUUUGCCUUAAUACAUUCAGCCUUCCUGUUAUCCGCUAAAUGUCUCACCAUCUCCCCUUUUGUUGCAACCUGAAUGGGCUGAAAAUAAUUCUCAACAUGUCAAAGUAAGCCACUUCAUUUUAACCAUCUCUAUUAUACACAGUAACAAAUUAUAUACUGAAGAGUGUUGUCAACUUUAGCUGUUAGCAUAAGGUAGGCUGUUUCUUGGAGGCAAAAGAUCAAAUUUUCUUGUGAAAAAUGUGAUUUUUUUCUCGGUGCAUCUCAAUAAUAUACAAUCAAUAAUCGUAAUAUUCUGAUAUUUAAAGAGAGCUGGAGAAGGUUUUAAAGCUGACAUAAAAUGGGCCUAAAAAGCACAGUUAAAGUUUUGCCUUGGCGCUAAUAUGCUGGGUAAACAAAUCAGCUGUGUGAUUAUGAAGCAUCGACCUCUGUUUUCACUCUCAGCUUUAUUGAUCAUCUCCUUUAACCAUCAUCACUCUCCUGUAAUAUCUGUCCAACAUUUGAGACUGAACAACUAUUUUCAUUUGUAGAACAUAAAACCUUUUUUCGCAGGAAACAUCCCAUUGAUUUUUUUUUUUUUUUAAUCCAGUUUUCAAUAUGAUGUUUGAUUUGACGUGCUGCCAAAACAAUGUCUGAUAGAUUCAUGAAUCAUGUCAACAAUGUUUCGGUCUAUGAGCAACACAAAGUCUAAACGUUUAUAGAGUUGUUGUAAUUGUUCACUGAGCACCACUGAUUUGUGCAUCCAGGACAGAAAAAUUUCAGUUUUUCAGCAGCUGCUUGUUGAUCUCUUUUGGAAUAUGUUAGCCAGUGAAUGACUGGGAUGGAUGAAAUGUUUCUAAUUCAGUAAAAGAUCACUGUAAAUAAGUCCCCAUAUUUUUUUUUCCUGUUAAUAUUUAGUUCCCAAAUACUGCGUUUUAAGUUUUCGGAUUUUCUUGUUUUCAGAUGUUUGCUGCCAAUUCAUGUGUGGAGCUGCAGGUCUUUUUGUCCUUAAAGAUUUGAUGAUCCAGCAUUGUAUGUACAAAUUAAUCUGGAUAUUCUUACAAUUGUUUUGCUUUGUUCUGCCCUGCAGGGCACGUGUAUUGUUCAGUUUAGUGCUUUUUUUGUUUUCUUAAUGUCUUUUUUGAUUUGUUUGUUUUUGAUAAAAUGUUUGAAAGGA